GAAUCGCAGCUAAAUUCGCUAAUUAUUUAGGUAGCCAACACUGCCGAAAAGCUUCUCCAAUCAGCGUGCUCCACAUCGCAAUUACACGCAAAUUUAUUUCGCCACUAUUGGUCGCAAUAUUGUUCCCUUACCCCACUGUCCUCGAAUAAUGUAACGCUUAGAAAAAUACAUCGCUGCAUAGCUUCUUACUGUACGCAUCUCUCUUUUAUUUCUCGCCAUAUUUCACCUACACUCAUCAUCAAAUCUAGCAAGCAGGCCACACAAUACGCUAACUUUCAAGUACUGGCGCAUCAAUCCGGUACAUGUGGUCCUUCGAGCCGGAUCCAAGUAUCAGCAUCCUACGGAAUACGUUCACCGCUGUGGCCGCUUUGCUAGCUCGAGAAGACUGGACUGGACUCAGGACUACCUGGAGGCUAAGCGCAAAAGGGAAUAGAUAACGGAUUGGGAGCUCAUCGGGCAUCACACGCACGCAAUCUGGUGGGACCAACCAUCCUUUCUUUUCUCCAUCACCUCCUUGUUCUCUUUGUGAUACCAGUGCUUCAACUGAUUUCAGUGCUCGCAUCAGUGUGCUGAACAAGUACAUUACGAGUGCGUACUUGUGGUCGUCGAUAUCGGUGCAGACGCGGUCUUCUGGCAUUCCAACCGUGAGUACUCCUAUUUUCACCGACCACCAAAAUGGCUACCGUAGAAAGUGCAAAGUCACGCGAUAAAUCUCCCCUAACAUUAGCUGUCGAUAGUGCUAAUUCUAAGUCUCGCGAUAGGUCCCCUAAUCUAGCAGUAGAUCAUAAUUUACUCCGAGAACUAGUGCGAAAACGUGGCAUCAUAAAGGGCAGACUCACCAAGUUCUCAAAUUAUUUAAAUUCAUUUGAAAAUAACGAUGACCUUUUUUCGUCCUCGCGCAUACGAAUUGAUUUAAAAUUACGCAUAAAAGGAGCUGCUAGUUUAUAUGCCGAGUUCAAUCAAGUUCAGGCUCAGAUAGAAGAAUGUGUAUCAGAUAGUGACAUGGCUGACCAGCUAGAUCAUAGAGAAGCGUUUGAAAAUUCUUAUUAUAGCAUAUUAGCCCAUGCGGAGUCCCUUCUGACCGAGACUGUUGAGGGCGAGGUUACAGACGCUAAACAUUGUUGUAGUGAACAACCGCAAUCCGUGAAACUUCCUACAAUAACACUGCCUAGCUUUGACGGUUCGUAUGAGCACUGGCUUGAAUUUCGCGACACUUUUCUCUCGCUGGUCCACAAUUCCAAACGCAUAAGUAAUAUCCAAAAAUUCCACUACUUAAAGUCCUCUCUAAAAGGUAAUGCCGAAUUAGUUGUUAACUCGGUGGAAUUUUCCUCGGACAACUAUAUUGUGGCGUGGGAACUACUACUAAAUAGGUUCAAUAACAACCGACUUUUAGUGCACAACCAUGUGAAGGCCUUGUUUAGCAUUGAUUCGUUGUCUAAAGAGUCGCCCGAUUCCCUUCGUAAACUUAUUGACACGAUACUUAAGAAUUUACGUGCACUUAAAAUCCUAGGCGAGCCUACCGAUCAGUGGGAUACGCUUAUUAACUACAUUAUAGUUUCCAAACUAGAUAAAACCACUGAGCGCGAGUGGGAGACACACAAAUGUUCACUGUUUCCGAGCGAUAAUAAUUCCAAACGCAUAAUUAAGGUUAAUGAGUUGAUUGGUUUCCUUAAAGACAGGGCGGAUAUGUUGGAAACCUUGCAGCUUUCACACAGCAAAGAACAAACUACUAGUACACUGAACGAAAAUAAAAAACAUAAAUCACAUUCACAUAAUACGUCACACUGCAAUGUUUCCACACACGUUAAGUCUAACGACAGUCGCACGCCUCGCUUUAAAAGGUCUUGUUUAAAAUGCAACGGCGCUCAUCCACUUUAUUCUUGCCAACAGUUUAUCGAUAGUGACUUAGACGCUAAAUUGAAAUUAAUUCGCGAUCACAAACUUUGUGAGAAUUGUUUACGUUCGGGACAUGCGCCUGAUAAGUGUAUGUUUGGGCCAUGUAGGAAGUGCAACCGUAAACAUAACUCAUUAAUUCAUAAUGACAGUAGCGAUGGUCUAGUCUCGCUCCAUUCGCAUAUUGUGACUAAUGAUCCUAACGCCAGUGGUGCAAGCGCAGGGCCGAGCGUCCCCGCUCCCUCGACUGGUAAACCGGUUCCUAUUCUCGUAAACAACUCACAUACGCAUAAUAAUAAAUAUAUAGAUGUGCACUCCGUGUUAUUGUCAACCGCAUUAGUCGAGGUAGCCGACGUUCACGGUGUUUAUCAUCAAGCUUGCGCGCUUCUUGACAGUGGUAGUCAGAGAUGCUUCAUAACUAAAUCGUUUUGCAAUAUACUUAACGUUACUACGUCACUGUCUAAUUACGAAGUUAGGGGUGUCGGUGAUUCAUUGUUACAAUGUUCGGAAACUUGUAGCGUUGAAGUUAAAUCGCGAGUCAAUAAUGAAUUCAAAACACGCAUAACUUGUUUUGUAUUGUCACAAAUAACUUCAACGAUGCCGGCCUUAUGUCAAAUAAACGCGCAGUUCUGUAUUCCAGACAACAUAAGACUAGCCGAUCCGUUAUUUUUUGAUUCUAAAAGUAUCGAUAUACUUAUAGGCGCAGAUAGGUUCUGGGACUUGUUAGCGGAAGGCAAAAUGAGGCUUCCCACCGGGCCUUAUCUGCAGAAUACCAAGUUAGGGUGGAUUAUUUCUGGCUCUGUUUACAAUACGCGAAAUGCAGGUCGUAUUCACUGUAACUUGAGUCAUUCGUUAGAUUCGCAACUACGCUUAUUUUGGGAGCUUGAGGAGCUGCCCAAACUCAGGGACACGCAGACUCAGGAAGAACGUAUGUGUGAGGACCAUUUCAUUCACACUACUACGCGUGAUAGUGAGGGACGGUUUCAUGUACGCAUUCCGUUUAAAGAGUCACCUGAUGUUUUAGGCGAAUCGUAUACGCAAGCUGAACGUAGAUUUUACGCCUUAGAAAAACGUUUACAGCGAUCUCCUGAUUAUAAAUUGUUAUAUACAAAUUUCAUGCAGGAAUACCUGGACUUAGGCCAUAUGAGUCCAGUUAGCAGCUAUGAACAUCCGUGCUAUUUCAUGCCGCAUCACGGCGUGUUUAGGGAGCACAGCACUACAACGAAGUUACGCGUCGUCUUCGAUGCUAGUGCUGCCUCGACAUCAGGUAAGUCACUCAACGACUUGCAAUUAGUUGGACCACCGAUACAAGGUGAUUUGGUAUCUAUUCUUGUACGUUUUCGGCAGCACAAGUUUGUCGUGUGUGCAGACGUUCAGAAAAUGUUUAGAAAUUGCUGGGUAGCAGAAGACCAACGCAAGUUGCAAAUGAUUUUGUGGCGUAAUGAUCCAUCGUUACCAUUGGGAGUAUAUCAAUUGAACACCGUUACCUACGGAACCGCAUCCGCACCGUUUCUUAGCGUUAGGUGUUUGAAACAGCUAGGUAUCGAAUCUUCUGACCCUGAAAUUCGGAGGGUAGUUACAGAAGAUUUUUACGUAGAUGAUUUGUUGACUGGCAAUGAUGACAGGCUUGUUUUACUGCAGUUAUGUAAGAAUAUUCAAAGCACAUUACAAGCGGGUUGUUUCCCCCUUCGCAAAUGGGUUUACAAUUUUCCAUGUCCCGAUACCGACUUAUUAGUAGAUAGUUCUAUCGAAAUAAAAUCUAACGAAAAUAUUAGCACUAAAACAUUAGGGUUAAGCUGGAAUAAUGUUGAUGAUACGUUUUAUUUUAACACUCAGAUUACUGCCAAUGAUAAACCUGUUACUAAAAGGUGUAUAUUAUCAAGCAUUUCACAAAUUUUCGAUCCACUUGGUUUGUUAAGUCCAACGAUUAUUAUCGCCAAGGUAUUGUUGCAGCAAUUAUGGCUUCUUAAAAUCGGUUGGGAUGACAUAGUUCCAUCUAAUGUCGCGCGGACGUGGAACCGGUUUGUUAUCUCUUUAGAAGCGCUCGACGCAAUCCGUGUUCCUCGCCACGCUAUAGGUAGUGAGCCUAUGUUUAUAGAAUUGCAUGUAUUUAGUGAUGCCUCACAGACAGCGUACGGCGCAUGCAUAUAUAUUCGUACAGUAAAUAAGGAUAACACAGUUACAGUUAGGCUUCUUUUCGCAAAGUCUAAGGUUGCGCCACUGAAACCUAUUAGUAUACCGCGUCUAGAGCUUUGCGGUGCUUUACUAGGUGCUAAAAUACUAGAUAAGAACAGGACGGUGGAGAUUCAUGAACUCACACAAGAUGUCCAGUGGCGCCACGUGAGGACUAAGGAGAAUCCGGCUGAUCUGGCUUCACGAGGUUCGAAGGUAGACGAACUUGCUUCUUCCAAAUUGUGGUGGGAAGGUCCAGAGUUUUUGAGAAGUGCUAUGUUCUCACUGGACGAUCACCAUGUCAUAGACGCAGAUGAAAAUCUUCCCGAAGUUAGGCCAGCUAUUUCUUCAUUCGUGACUCAUGAUGCUUCAACAUAUUUCUCGUUUAAUCGAUUUUCACAACUUAAGCGCAUGAAACGUGCGGUGGCGUAUGCGUUACGUUUCAUUCACAAUACCCGCAAUAAAAAUAAUAAACGCACGGGCAUCAUUAGCGUUGAUGAAUUGAAUGAGUCUCAAAUAGUUUUAAUACGGUGGUCACAGAUGGAAAGUUAUCCAACUGAAUAUAGUUUAUUAUCCAAUAGUUCGCAAUGUACAUUUAAAGGUAAUUUAGCUAAAUUAAAUUUAUUUUUAGACGACAAUAAAAUUAUUCGCGUAGGUGGGCGCUUAUGUGACUCGCAUGAAUUUAGUUACAAUAAAAAGCACCCUAUCUUAAUAUCAAGUAAGCAUUAUUUUUCUUUGCUACUGUUUCGUCAUGAGCAUUUACAGCUACUCCACGCUGGGCCUCAGGCAUUACUUUAUAAUUUACGCGAAACAUUUUGGCCUUUGGGGGGCAGGAGUUUAGCUAGACGUGUAGUGAAUGCUUGCGUUACUUGUAACCGUAUUAGGGGUAGAAUUCUUACGCCACAAAUGGGCAAUUUACCUAUGGAGAGGAUAACCGCUUCUUUUCCAUUUUAUCGUUGUGGCGUUGAUUAUUGCGGGCCAGUUCUUAUACUUAAUCGCAAAGGUCGCGGAGCUAGAACUUCUAAAGCCUAUAUUUGUUUGUUCGUUUGUUUAGUAACGCGGGCAAUACAUUUAGAGCUGGUCAGUGAUCUCACUUCUGAAGCAUAUCUGCUAUCACUCAAUAGGUUUAUUUCUCGGCGUGGAAAGCCGAUAGAAAUAUUUUCAGACAAUGGUCGAAACUUUGUUGGCUUGAUGAACGAUUUUAAGGAGUUUCUUGGUAGGUGUAGUUCUGAUUUAAUAGAAUAUGCAACUAGCCAGCAAAUAAAAUUUAAGUUCAUACCUCCAUAUUCGCCUCACUUUGGUGGUCUGUGGGAAGCAGGAGUAAAGUCUUGCAAAUUUCAUCUACGCCGUGUGGUAGGGAAUGCGCACCUUACUUUUGAAGAGUUAAGCACUGUCUUAUCACAAAUAGAAGCAGUCCUUAAUUCCCGACCAUUAUCCCCACUUUCUCCAGAUCCUAAAGACCUUUGUCCUCUCACUCCUGCCCACUUUCUGGUUGGUCGACCGCUAACUACUCCUGCUGGCGACGAUAUUAAUGACAUUCCUGCGCAUAGACUCAAACGUUACCAGAGGGUAGAACAAAUGCGCCAACAUUUCUGGACACGAUGGUCCAAAGAAUAUAUAAGUGAGUUGCAGGUGCGGACAAAGUGGACCGACAACAAGGCCGAGUUGAAGGAAGGCGCACUUGUCCUGAUAAAGGAUUCCAACCUGCCACCCUUGAAAUGGAGCAUGGGCCGAGUUCUUCGUACUAUCUCAGGCAAGGAUGGGAUUGCCAGAGUGGCUGAUCUACAAACAGCUUCGGGCGUGGUGCGACGGGCUUACGCAAAAAUUUGCCCUCUCCUGCAGGACGACCAAGACCAGUGAUGAUGUCGCAACUGGAACCUUUUGAAAGCGACUGCUUCCAAGGCCGCGGGCAUGUUCGGAAUCGCAGCUAAAUUCGCUAAUUAUUUAGGUAGCCAACACUGCCGAAAAGCUUCUCCAAUCAGCGUGCUCCACAUCGCAAUUACACGCAAAUUUAUUUCGCCACUAUUGGUCGCAAUAUUGUUCCCUUACCCCACUGUCCUCGAAUAAUGUAACGCUUAGAAAAAUACAUCGCUGCAUAGCUUCUUACUGUA